UGGUUUUUCCCAUAAAUAACAUCUCUUACUCAGAGCGUUGUCCCCAGUUCCCCAGGGUCAGCGCUUGGAGACCUUGGACCUUUGAAAUCUGGAUCAGGGAUGUGGGGACUCAGCCUCAGAGACUCUUGGGUGCCCCCCACCCCCCAAAAAAGUCAGAAAGCAAGGGCAGGGAAACAUCGUGUUUUGAGGCCCAGAAGGGGUAGGCAGGAAGCGAUGGCCAGGAAGCAGUUUGGCAACAGGGCAGGGCAGGCUGCGUCCCCGUCCGUGAGGACCGGAAUGGGUGGGGCGGGGACUUCCUCUUGUCUGAACCCCGCCCCCAGGCCCAGCAGGUAUAAGACCACCUGCCCCAGGCCCGAGGAGUCUUGGAAGAAGAAGAGAAGAGCCACCAUGUCCCCUCGGAGCAGAGAGCAACAGCAGAGGCCAGGGGGCCGCAAGCCCUGUCUUUCGAGAAGCUUGUUCCUGCUAGUGCUGACCAUGGCCUCCGCCCAGGCAGACUUCCCAGGCCCCAGAGAGUGCGUGACGUACCAGUCUGACAGCCACAGCUCGGUGUCCUGCUACUCCCCGUCCACGUUCCCCGGCCCCCUCCCCAGGGACACCGUGCGCCUGGCCGUGGAGUUCUCCAGCCUGACCCGGCUGCCGGCCGAUGCCCUGCGGGGCACCCCCGGCCUCCGAGAGCUGCAUCUUUCUAGCAACCGUCUGGAGGAGCUGCCGGCUGAGCUCCUGCUGCCUGUGCCUGGCCUGAAGGUGCUGGAUCUCACCCGCAAUGCCCUGACUCAGCUGCCCCCCAGCCUCUUCCGGGCCUCUGCUGCCCUGCACACACUGGUGUUGAAGGAAAACCGGCUGCGGGCCAUGCAGGCCUCGUGGCUGCACGGCCUGAAGGCGCUGGCCUUCCUGGACCUGUCCGGGAACCACCUCCGGGUGCUUCCCCCCGGGCUGCUGGCCAACCUCCCGGUCCUGCGCACCCUGGACCUCGGGGACAACCAGCUGGAGGUCUUGCCACCUGCUCUCCUUCGAGGCCCACUGGACCUGGAACGGCUGGAUCUACAGGGGAAUCGCCUGCGGGCGCUUGGCGAGGACCUGCUGGCGCCGCAGCCCGGCCUGCGCUACCUUUUCCUCAAUGACAACAGGCUGGCCGUGGUGGCGGCCGGCGCCUUCCGAGGCCUGAGGCAGCUGGACAUGUUGGACCUCUCCAAUAACUUGCUGACCACCGUGCCCAGAGGGCUCUGGGUAUCCCUGGGAAAGCCCACCCGGGACAUGCGGGACGGCUUCGACCUCUCCGGCAACCCCUGGGUCUGCGACCAGAACCUGGAUGACCUCUACCGCUGGCUGCUGGCCAACAGGCACAGGAUGUUCUCCUGGAACGGCACCUGCUGCGCCGGCCCGGAAGCCUUGAAGGGCCAGGUGCUCCUGACAGUGGCAGGGUCCCCCUGAGGUGUGGGGCUCAUGGCGCCCCUUGUUGCUGUUGCUCCUGCCUUCCAUGGGUGGCAUCCCAGGGUCGUUGCGCUGCCGGGACCAUUUUACCCGCGGUCCCCACAAUCCCGGGUGUGCUUUCCGGGUUUCUUGUCUUUCUCACCCUGUGUCCUCCAGCUGCGAUGCUGUCCCCAUACCCAGGACUGCUUGGUCUCUGGGCUUCCCAGACCCCGUGUCCCUCUCUCUGGCCGAUGUGGCCACACCAGAGCUGUCUCUGUCUGCCUCACCUUCCCCAGUUUAGGGGCUCUUGAGUCCUGGGCCUGGGCCCCAGCUCCCUUGGUGCCAGUGACCCCGGCGUGUUAAUAAACAACUCUUGAACGAAACGGGAUAGGUCACAUU